AGAUCUAGGCUGAACCAGAGGUGCAGAAGCUAUGGCUCUCUUCUUCUCUUUGUUAGGCUUCUUUAUCGUCACAGUGGCCGGGUCUACGUGUGGGGACAGGAAUUCCUGUUCCAUGGAGUUAUACGAGUAUGAAAAUUGUGUUAAAGCACAACACACAGCCAUGGAAGUCCGCCUUCACACCCUGGAAACUGAAAUGAAAAGGCUCCAUCAAGAGAACAGCCGGGUAGUGUCCUUCUUCGCCGGUCUUAGCGCCUCUGUCACACCCGUCAUUGGACUUUUAAAAUUUGACAACGUCAUGCUGAACAGGGGUGAAGUUUACAACGGCACAACAGGUCUGUUUACCGCCCCCGUCAAUGGUGUCUACUCAUUUACACUUACAAUAGGCCUACCCCAGCCUGAACAAGCAACUGAUUACUUUCGAAUGCAUAUAAUGAAAAACAAAGAGAUUAUUGGAUAUCUUUUCAUUGAGUGGGAAGGUAAAUGGACAAAGAGGUCUGAGAGUGUUGUGGUAGAGCUUCAGGAAGGAGACCGAGUUCACGCCAUGGUAGCCACCGCUCCGGCGGCAUUCACACAGAUAGGAGGGACCUCUUCAUAUCCUGGAACCCCCUACAGUUCCCACUUCUCGGGAUUCUUAAUUCAACAUGAUCAUAAGCACUGAGACAUGUCAGUUUCUUCUAUUACUACUUUAUAAAAGAUAGAGGAUAUGCAGAUUAAUUUGUUUUCUUUCUUCUUAUUUAUAUAUUCUGAUGAAUUGACGUACGUGCAUAUUAAACUCAGAAAUGUA